AUGUGCGCUAGUGCCACUCUCCCAGUAGAGAAUACUGAGAAGUGAGAAGAGUUCACUCUGUAAAGAAUUGAAGAAAUGGAAGAAGGAAAAGAAGCGGGAGAAGAAUCAAAAGAAGUGAGAGUUGGGGAAGUGAAGGAAGGAGUGGCAUCAAUAGCGUUAUUGCCAAGUGGGUCCCUCUCAGGCCAUUUCAUUCAGCUUCCUCAAUCUAUCUGCUAUGGUCUUCAUGGCACUGAGUUGGCUUGUGAGAUGGAGUGCAGCAGGGGUGAGGAUUACCGCUUGAUCAAGCUCACAAUCAUUGACUACAGUGGUAAGAAAGAGCACGCUGUCAUAGUGGAGUGUAGAGGGCAUGAUGCUGCUCGGUUCCAUAACAUUGACCAUGCUCAUGGUUGGGAGAAGGAUGUUGUGGAUAUGGUUGAACUAAAGGAAGGGAAGAAAGAGAUUUGAUCUCAUUUUGAGUGAGACACUGAAAUCUGACAAAGCAGCUGAAACCAUAUAAAGCAGUUCAUGCUAAAUUAUCUGGGCUAGAUGCUG